AGAGCGCACUGAGGCCGGCAGCUGCACGUUCGCUUUAUAAAGGGCUAAAUUUACCAGACUACGUUGUUUCCUGAGCUCUCACAAUUGGUCGCCCGUGCGGAGCUUAGUGACUAUAAGGUCUGGAGGACCUCCUUCCACUUUUCAAACUUGUUCAUGAUCUUGGAGCGCAGCUGUGGAGAGUGUUGGGAAAACAAAUAGCGCAGAUUCUGGCGCUGCUGCAGCUCCACUCAACAGAAUUUUAAGAAGAUUUCAGACUUCAGCUUCCAAACGAUGGCCCUAUCCGGAGUGAUGCUGCCCUCCUUCUCCACUUUCUCAAACCAGAGAGAAAAAAACUGGGAAAACAGGUGGAAGGGGGACAUGGACAAAUUAGUCCCAACAAACUGCUCCAUGCUUGAAAUGGUACAAAGUCUGGACAAUAUCAGCAAAAAGGACGACGAGGAUCUGAGUAAUUACCUCGAUCUGGAUUUUAUUCUCUCCAACACGACGGGCUCCGACGGCGCAGGAGAAUAUUUCGGCGCCUCUGACCCCAGCAUGUACACAGCUGGAGGCGCCGCGCCAGCGUUCCCCGCGGAGGAGCACCGCUCCCCGCCACCCCCGUACGGCGCCAGCCUCAUGACGGAGCUCCUCCGUUCCGAAGGAGCCAACGGCUUUGGCAUUACGCGCAACCCCGGCGCGCAGGGGAGAUUCUUCCACUUCCCCCGCCCUGAAAACAUCAAGGUCGAGCCCCCCAUGGACAGCUACGGGCCCGUCAUGGGCAUGGUGCCUCAGAGCUGCAGCAAGAUCAAGCAGGAGGGAAACGUUUCCUGCAUGAUGUCCUUCGAGCAGCCCAGAGUGGCCAUCUCUCCGCGGGCAGCCAGCAGCAUGACGCCCCCUCUGAGCCCCGAUGACCAGGGGGGCACGGACUGCCAGGCGCAGCUGUGCCCGCCCAUGAACUUCCAGCAGAAGUACCACGCGCCCGCGGCUUUCCAGCACCACGGCCAGGCUCCGCAGAUGCAGAUGUCCUUCCACGCUCCGCACUCCGGCUUUGUCAUGUAUGACGAGGGGCUCAGCCUGCAGCCGGGCGCGCAGCGGGUGAUGCUCACGCCUCCCUCCUCCCCGCUCGAGCUGCUGGAGUCCAAACCCAAACGGGGCCGCCGCACGUGGCCGCGGAAGCGCACGGCGACGCACACCUGCACCUUCGCCGGCUGCGGGAAAACCUACACCAAGAGUUCACACCUGAAGGCACACCUGCGAACCCACACCGGUGAGAAGCCAUACCACUGCAGCUGGGAGGGCUGUGGUUGGAAAUUCGCCCGCUCCGACGAGCUGACCCGUCAUUUCCGGAAACACACCGGACACCGGCCGUUCCAGUGCCACCUGUGUGAGCGCGCCUUCUCCAGGUCUGACCAUUUGGCGCUUCACAUGAAGAGGCACAUGUGAAGGAGGACUUUGGAUUCCUUUUUUUAACUGCGUCUCAACUGUAUUUUUAUUUAAAUGCUCUCCACUUGGCCAUUUUUAUAUAUUAUUGAAGAAGUUUUAGUGUUAUUUUGUAAUAACGUAGCUGGUACUACUUUGGUUGUAUAAAAAGCUUUAGAAGUUUGGUUUGCUUAAGAGCAGGCGGACCGUGAAGGGGCUGGCCCUGUGUAUCCUCUCUGACACAACUGGAAUGCUGUGUUUGACACAAACGUGCCUUUCUAUGGCUGUGCUACUGUAAAAGUCUUUGAGACGGAGUGACGUGGCCUCAGAAGGCCCCCUCGACAGGCGGAGAAGCCCCCCAGGAGGCUUCUCGCGCGCAGAGACAACGUUUCUUUAAACUGCCUCAGUGGCGGAACCGCCUUCCACAUGGAACUGAUGUGGUGUGAGAGCCUUUGGAUCCAGCCUUCCUGUCCACGAGCAGGGCUCGACGUCCUGUGCAUUCUUUUUUACCUAAAUUUAUACAACUAAGAUAAUGAGUUUUAUACUGUAAAAUGUGUAUUUAUUGUAAAUAUUAAAAAGAUGGAUCUGAACCUUC